CUCGACCACCCUGCGCAACCUGGCAGCCCUGCCGUUAAAAUUCAAGUCAAUACGAAGUACCCCCUUCAAUGUGCGGCGUAUUUCCUCGACACCAGCACUAUGUUCGUUCAAGCAUGGGCGGCGGUUCGCCACGGAAUCCUCGAUUGUACCCAAGUACCGUUCUGCUGUGAAUACACAGUCGAAUCCACCUUUGACCCGGUCUAUGUUCAUCCAAACAGAGCCGACACCGAACGACGACUCACUGAAAUUCAUUCCGGGGGUGCCAGUCAUGGGCGAGGGCACAGCAGAGUUCCUGGACACACGAUCCGCCCUCCCAUCACCCCUUGCCAUCCGUCUCAUGGGCAUUGAAGGCGUCGCUGCUGUUUUCUUCGGACCAGAUUUCGUCACCAUCUCCAAAGAUUCUGAAAAUACGUGGGCGGUUCUCAAGCCCGAGAUAUACUCUAAUCUCAUGGAGUUCUUCUCCUCUGGACAGGCCCUGUUCAGGAGCCAAGAGGAGAGGGACAAUGCUGGGCCGCAAGACACCAAGAUUCUUGACACUGACUCGGAGACCGUUGCGAUGAUUAAGGAGCUGCUGGAGACCAGAGUGCGACCGGCUAUCAUGGAGGAUGGGGGGGAUAUCGAAUAUCGUGGUUUUGACGAAGAAGGCUCAGCCACUGUGAAAAUCAAGCUCAAGGGCAGUUGCAGAGGAUGUGAUUCGAGCACGGUUACUUUGAAGAGCGGGAUUGAGCGUAUGCUGAUGCAUUAUAUUCCCGAGGUCAAGGGUGUCGAGCAGGUUCUUGACCAGGAGGAGGAAAUUGCUCUCAAUGAAUUCCAGAAGCUGGAGAAACGGCUGGAGCAAAAUACCGGAUCCAAGUCCAACCUGGCGCAGUAUAUGUCUCUGUAGAUUUCCUGGGUUACAGUCCAGCUUGUAAAUGUCCUUGGGGUAUACGUAGCCAUUACGGACGACAUAGACAUAUUCAUAAAAUAACAUACUGUAUAUUAUCCAACCUUUGUGUAUUAUAACGGCUCGUAUGCACCGG